GGAUGAGCAUCUGUCCAUGCCCAUCAACCUAGGGUUCUUCAGGCUUUUCAGUUCUCAUGUUUAUGGGUACAAUGUGGGCGUCGAUCCACUACAAACGUGACGCAAAUCGCCCGAUCGCUUUGGCGGCAAUCCUGCUGUUGAUAUUAAGCACUGCACACUUGAUCGUAGACAUCAUUCGUCUCCAAGAUGGAUUUGUCAAGUAUCGCGACAUCUUUCCUGGCGGACCAGUGGCGUUCUUCCAAGACAUCAGCCAACCAACAUUUGUGACAAAGAACCUGAUAUACGCCUUGCAAACUAUGAUUGGCGAUGGCGUGGUGAUUUAUCGCUGUUAUGUCGUUUGGCAAUCCGUUUGGGUAAUUAUUCUACCAAGCAUGCUGUGGUGCGGCUCCUCAGUGGCUGCUUUAAUCGCACCCUACUAUGCCUCGCAGGCAACUGGCGGAAACGUCUACACCAAUCAGACUAGACAAUGGAUCACGGCAUUGUUUACCUUGACACUUUCAACUAAUCUGAUAAGUUCAGGAUUACUUGUGUAUCGCAUCUGGACGGUGGAACGUAAAAUCUCUCAAAAUCGCGCUACGAAUGGCACCAUGAUGCCCAUCGUGCACGUGCUUGUAGAUGCCGCCAUCUUGUACUCUGCAGCCCUGGUGACCAUACUAAUAUGUUUCAUCUGCGCGAACAACGCCCAGUAUAUUAUGCUGGACAUGAUCAUGCCAAUCAUUUCGAUUGCCUUCUACAUGGUGUUGAUUCGCCUUACACCCUGGCAAACUACUCCAAAUUUCCUCCCGAUGGCUUAUAGCGGGGAAAUCGAAAGAAGGAGUUCGCAGCGGUAUUCUAUGAAGCCUUCGCAGGUUCAUGUAUCUCAGUGGACACAGAAUGACGGUAUAGAGGAGGAAGUGAAAACUGAAACAUAGAUUCUACGGAAGCUUGUAAUGUAUUCGAAGGUGAAGGGUAACAACUCUAGCUUUUUUUCAGGUUCCAGAUGCAGAUCAUCUCCAGCCUCGCUCAAUACUUACUGUACCUCGCGCAAAUCUUCGUCCCUGAACAAAGCUGCACCUAUGUAAACAACAUGACUCCUGACAGCCAUUGCCAGACCUUUGUUUCUCGUUGUAAAAGGAUUGUCUCUAGCAAGCCUUUUCACGGGGUGCCCGAUCACACCCAACCCGAAUAUAUACACCUCCGUUGCGAACAAUGAUUACUAGUUGUUGACGCAGGGGACAAGAAUUUGUCGACUAUUAUCAUUCAAUCAGCAAUUAGUAGUCAGCCAUCGUCUUUUUGCUCC